AUGGACUCUCCAAGAGCUUGUAGCACCGCUGUACUCAACUUUUACAACAGUCAAUGGCAAAAGAUUGGGACCAAGUGGAGCCUCUGCAAGGAAAUAUCAAGCAUCACUGGCAUCAGCGAGCUGGAUAUCAUCCUUUUCAACCCGGCGCGGUCCAGCGUCGCGCAAAAGAUGUCGUGGGCGGCCAAGCGUAUCACCACGCGGGUUGAGGAUAUAGCCUAUUGCCUGCUGGGCCUGUUCGGGAUCCACAUGCCGCUCUUGUACGGCGAAGGGAGAGAUGCCUUUCGGCGUCUUCAGGAAGAAUUACUCAAGACCACGGCCGACCAGACAAUCUUCGCCUGGAUGCACCCGGCGUGGGAAGAAGCCCUUCCUUGGGGAGUUCUCGCAAGCUCCCCGGCAAGUUUUAAGCGGUGCGGACAGUUCACCGGGUAUUACGCUGCCACCAGCCCUCCUGCACCCCAUUUGGCUCGGGCCGCUAGGCGAGGCGGCCCCUUGUUCGCGAGUGAGACGACCAAUCCGCCGGCUCUCGAUCCCUCGGGUCAGGGAUCAUACGUGAUGACCAACACUGGCCUGAAAAUCGAGCUCCCGGUGAUCGAGAAUUUGUCCGAGUCGAGAAUUUACUGGCACAACGAUCACAGCGACCGGAUCUCCAAGGUUUUGGAGGCGUCGUUGAGGGAUGGCACGGGGUUGGGGAUAGAGAGCCAUGUCGUCGCGGUUCUCGGCUGUUCCGACCGCGUCAAGGGCGCCGCGAUGGGAAUCAUGUUGAGCAGGUACGAGGGCAAGUCGACUUUCCAACGCCUCUUCAAAGAUGACCUCGUCGAAGUCGAACCGACACUGGCAGCAUCGGCGCCGCUCAAGGUAAUGACCAUAUUGCCCCAGACAAAGUGGCCCGUCCCGCGAGGCCCACAGCAGUUUCUCGAGAACGAGUACCACGCUUGGAUUUUUCUCCAGGUUGGCGUUUCGCAAAAGAGCUGCUCCAUUCGCGGACCGCGAUCGACCGACCCGAUGCAUGUGGAUUACAGGAACGGUUGCUUCUCUCUGGAGCUCAAGUACGAGAUGGCAGCGAAGAUAUCUUUGAAAUAUGGCGCACUGCAAUACACCGUAUACCUUGGCAUCAUCUCGCGAUUUGGCCAGCAGCCCCCGACAGUCUUUUGCAGCGUAGUCGGGGGCGCAGGACGGGGAGACAGCCUCCAUGACUGGAAGCACCGCCUGGAGUGGUCUGGUAGUCCCCGGAGCAAGCGGGACGGCUUCUGGACCGGCCUAUCCGGCGCUAGCAAAGGCGGGAUAACCAUCAUGGCAUUCGACACGUCCGGGUCCAGGUCCAGGGAAAGGCAGCGAGAUCUUGUCUACAAUGUUGCGAUGCGCCCGUGGAGCAGUAAUGGUCUCACCACUCGCCGGCAAGACAUGGAGCCUAAUUAA